AUGGCCGCGGCCGUGGCAGCCAUGGCGUUGCCGGUGACACUCGGGCGGCUGGUGUCCGCGUGCAGCCGCAGCAUCGUUAGGGCUUCGGGACCCGCAGCAGCUUCCCUCUGGCCCGCCGCUCGCAGCUCCAGUUCCCAGAGCACUGCACGUCCUCAAGGAUACGUUCCGAAAACAUCCCUGAGCUCCCCGCCAUGGCCAGAGAUCGUGCUGCCCGACCCCAAAGAAGAGGCGAAGCACCAUGCAGAGGUGGUGGGGACCGUGAAUAAGCUCAUCGCCGAGGGCCACUAUGGCAGGCUCUUCGCUGUGGUGCACUUUGCCAGCCACCAGUGGAAGGUCACCAACGAGGACCUGAUUCUGGUGGAAAACGAGCUGGACGUCGCCUGUGGCGAGAGGAUCCGCCUGGAGAAGGUCCUGCUGGUCGGGUCUGACAACUUCACGUUAAUCGGCAAGCCACUCCUUGGAAAGGACCUUGUUCGAGUGGAAGCCACCGUGGUGGAGAAGACAGAAUCGUGGCCUAAAAUCAACAUGAAGUUUAAGAAGAGGAAAAACUACAAGAAAAAAAGAAUCAUCGUCAUGCCUCAGACCGUGCUCCGGAUAAACACCAUCGAGAUCGCGCCCUGCUUGUUGUGA